CGGCGCCAUUUUAGCCGGUCACGCUGCCCUGGUGGGCCUGGCAGCCAUUUUGUUUUGGGCACCAAGCGGGAGUUGUCGGCGCCGGCUGUGGUGGCACCGACGAAAGGCAGGAAAGGGCAGGCCUGACGAGCGGGAGGAUCGGCCGGCUAGAUUCCCCAACCCACCACGAGUGAGCUUCGCACCGUACCGUCUAAGCAUCUAACUCAGCCGCCCAGCUAGUGAACCCGAACGGCCCCCCGUCCGCUCAGCUUAGGCCGGCCUCCGGCCCGCCCGCCCGCCGCAGCCGUGGUGGCAGCCCCGGGAGGAGCGCUGGCGUCCGUCUCCUUCGAUUCUCGGGAUUUGAAGAUGGCUGCACAGUCAGCGCCGAAAGUUGUGCUAAAAAGCACCACCAAGAUGUCUCUAAAUGAGCGCUUUACUAAUAUGCUGAAGAACAAACAGCCGAUGCCAGUGAAUAUUCGGGCUUCGAUGCAGCAGCAGCAGCAGCUAGCCAGUGCCAGAAACAGAAGACUGGCCCAGCAGAUGGAGAAUAGACCCUCUGUCCAGGCAGCAUUAAAACUUAAGCAGAAGAGCUUAAAGCAGCGCCUGGGUAAGAGUAACAUCCAGGCACGUUUAGGCCGACCCAUAGGUGCCCUGGCCAGGGGAGCAAUUGGAGGAAGAGGCCUACCCAUAAUCCAGAGAGGCUUGCCCCGAGGAGGACUACGUGGGGGACGCGCCACCAGAACCCUGCUUAGGGGCGGGAUGUCGCUCCGAGGUCAAAACCUGCUCCGAGGUGGACGAGCCGUAGCUCCCCGAAUGGGCUUAAGAAGAGGUGGUGUUCGAGGUCGUGGAGGUCCUGGGAGAGGGGGCCUAGGGCGUGGAGCUAUGGGUCGUGGCGGAAUCGGUGGUAGAGGUCGGGGUAUGAUAGGUCGGGGAAGAGGGGGCUUUGGAGGCCGAGGCCGAGGUCGUGGCCGAGGGAGAGGUGCCCUCACCCGCCCUGUAUUAACCAAGGAGCAGCUGGACAACCAAUUGGAUGCAUACAUGUCGAAAACUAAAGGACACCUGGAUGCUGAGUUGGAUGCCUACAUGGCACAGGCAGAUCCUGAAACCAAUGAUUGAAGCCUUCCUGCCUGCAGCCCGCCUGUUAGACUCUGUUAAAGUCACCACAUCUAUAAAGAAAAAUAACCUUGAGAAAAACGUGAGAAGAAACCUGAUUGCUGGAAGGACCUAUCACAAUAGGCUGUGGACUUACCUGCCACCAGCUGGGGCAGUUUAGUCUGUUCCGUCUACUUUUUGAUACUGUGUUAUAUGAAACCCUAUUUUCCUUUGAUUUGGUUGAGUUUGUUUUGUUGUUUAUCCAGUCACCCAAACUUCUGUUUGGACAGGAAUGCUUUGGCCUUGUGAGUAGAAUAUUUUUCCAGCCUCUGUCUCACCGUCAUAUACUCUGACAUUUUAAUAUUUCUUCUGUUCAUCUCUAUGAUCCUGAAAAAGGUUCCCAGGAGGGAGCCACUGUUCUCACUAAUGUGUGUGGUCUCUGGGAUACAGUUGUUCUUCAUCUUCCUUAAAACUUGCUGUUAACAGCUGAAACUAAAGGUGUGUCUGCUGUGUUGGCGGUGAAGGCAGUAAAUUGGAAAUGGUGAUAUUGCUGCUAGGCCAGGAACAGCCUACACAUGGUAGCAACUUUGAUUUGGUCCAAGUUGGUGCUGCCCACAUUGACAUCACAGAAUGGUAGCUGACAUGCUGAGCUGGACAUGUACAAUUUCCACCCUAUAAGAAGAUUUUUAAGCUUUCCUUUGGGUUUGUGUCAAGUCCAAGAGACUUGUGUGCAUCCAGGAUAGAAGAAGCCAUUCGGGUGUGACACAUAAGGCAGAAGAAACAAGGGUGGGGAACUGUUUACAAACUAAUUGCUGGGAAGGGGUCACCUGCUGUUCAUGCUGAAGUGCAGUUACCUAUGUUUGUCCAGAACCAAUUUUGGUCUAAUCCACAUAACUGGCUUUAUUUGACCCUCUUGAAGGUUUAAGUUCAAGCAUAUUUUGUCAGCUGUUCAGUUUCAGUGGAAUCUUGUACUUCUGGUUCAUUAUAACAAUUGUUCUCUCAAAUUCAA